UCCUGUCUUAAGAGGCUGCCCUAUGAUGUCCACUAAGGCUUCCAGUCACCCAAUUUGGCUAGCGAGGUAAGCACUAAAUCUCGACCUGCUCACUAGCGCUCGCUACUCUACAUGUAUUCAACACAGCGAACACCAUAACAUCCAUCAUAGAGGUUCUGAUCCAUUUUAUUUUUAUUGAAGGUUGUACCUUGGUGUUUGUCAUGAGCCCUAAAUGUACCCAUGCAGCUGUUAUAAGCUUCCCGAAUCUAACCGACCGAUAUCGGAUACUGCCGGACCAGAUUUUUCUGUGGGGAAUCGUGGAUACGAGGCGAGAUUGAGUCAUGACCACAUCCUCCGCACCUCGAGGCGACGCGGGGAACCUGAAGCUUGACAUAUUCCUAACGAAAGGGUCACAUAACAAAUGGCUUUAAACGACACAUCUCUCGUGCCAUAUGGCGCCGCUAUGCGCGAGAGGUUCCUCUGCGACCCCUUUUUCCUGAAUCUAAACCAUGGCUCGUUCGGAACAUACCCCCUUGCCGUGCGGAAUGUCUUGCGCCAGUACCAAGACCAAGUCGAAGGACGACCAGAUCCAUUCAUCCGCUACAACACGCCCAAGGAACUCGAUAAAUCUCGAGAGGCAGUAGCAAGACUACUGAAUGUCCCCCGCGACGAGUGCGUAUUCGUCAAGAAUGCCACGACGGGUGUAGCGACCGUGCUGCAGAAUCUGCCGUUUGAGAGCAAUGAUGUCAUCAUCCACUUUGAGACCGUCUACGGCGCCGUCGAGAAAGGUAUCGCGUCUCUCGUGGAGUCGAGACCUGUGCAGAUCCGAAAGGUUCACUAUGAGAUGCCGAUCAGCCAUGAAGAGCUCGUGGAGCGAUUCUUGGAUGUUGUCAAGACCGCGCAGAGGGAGGGGUUGAAUGUGAAGGUUGCCAUCUUCGAUGUGAUCACGAGCCUGCCGGCUGUUCGAUUUCCAUUCGAGAGGCUGACGCAGGUCUGCCGUGAAGAGGGAAUCUUGAGUUUGAUCGACGGCGCCCACGGCAUUGGACAGAUCCCGUUGGAUCUCGGGCAACUGCAGCCGGAUUUCUUCGCUAGUAACUGCCACAAAUGGCUCUUCGUCCCCCGCGGCUGCUGCGUCCUGUACAUUCCAAAGCGCAACCAACACCUCAUCCGCACAACACUCCCCACAUCCUGGGGCUACAUCCCGCCCCCCGACGGCCCCAAAACCGCGCCCUCGAUCAUGCAGAGCGACGACGCCAAUAAAACCGCCUUUGAGAGCCUAUUUGAGUUUGUUGCGACGAGCGAUGACACACCAUACUUUUGUGUCCCUGCGGCGUUGGAGUUUCGUGAGAAGGUUUGUGGAGGCGAAGAGAAGAUCUAUGCGUAUCUUGAGACUCUGGCGAAGGAAGCUGCGGAUAUCGUUGCUGAGGUGCUUGGGACGGAGGUCAUGCAGGAGCCGAACUUGAAUCCAGGAGAAGAAAGCCAGCUUCGGCGGUGCGGGAUGUCGACUGUUCGCCUGCCAAUUACGACUAGGGUGGAGCUUGCACGAAGGACUGAUUCUGCCGUACUGUUAAGUCCCGGUGAGGGUGGCGCAGUGGUGGAUUGGUUCCAGAGAAGGAUUACGGAGAGGUAUGGCACAUUUCUGCCGCUUGUCGAGCAUGGUGGGUGGCUUUGGGUGAGGCUAUGCGCGCAGGUAUAUCUCGAGAAGAAGGAUUUUGAGAGGGCAGCCCAGGUCCUGAAGGAGGUGUGUGCGCAGUUUGCUGCUGAACGGGCUCGAGAAAAGAGUAGACUUUAGAAUAUGAUCCUCAUCUAGAGUAGAACUAGAUAGCAUGUUAAUGGACCAAAUAUAACGUUCUAAAGCUUUCAUG